GUGUGUCCUACGAAGCGCACCGACACCACGAACUCCGCACCCGUAGGCAACUGCGAGUUCCUCAGACGGCGGAAGACGGGCGAGGACGUGCACUAUGUGCACCGGGGCGCGGAUGAGAUCAUCGCGUGGGGCAUGAGAUCAUCACGCCACGACCUUUACCCGCGCGCGUACACAGCCUAGGACCAGACGGGAGGGGUCCGGUGGCCGUAUCUGCCCGCACAGCCUGGAGCAACUAGGAAAAGGCCCCGCCUCCCCCCACAGGCCCCGCCCUUCGCCGCCCGAAAUGCCCCGGAAGUGCCUCUGCCCUCAGUAAAGAUGGAAGUAGCCUUUGACACAGGGAGGCGGGGCUGCGCGUGCGCAACAAGUUCGGCGGGGGAAAGAUGGCGGAUGACAAGGAUUCUCUGCCCAAGCUUAAGGACCUGACAUUUCUCAAGAAGCAGCUGGAGCGCCUACAGAAGCGUGUGGAGGAUGAAGUCAACAGUGGUGUAGGCCAGGAUGGCUCGCUCUUGUCCUCCCCAUUCCUCAAGGGAUUCCUGGCAGGCUAUGUGGUGGCCAAAUUGAGGGCGUCAGCAGUAUUGGGCUUUGCGGUGGGCACUUGCACUGGCAUCUAUGCAGCCCAGUCAUACGCUGUACCCAACGUGGAGAAGACGCUGAAGAACUACAUUAGGUCAUUACGAAAGGGGCCUGACUAGACCCUCUGGGGAAGGCAGGAUGAGCGUGUUGGGCCUGCAGGUAGAGAGAGGCCUUUCUAUCACAGACUCUCGCUCUGGC